GUGCGCCGGGUGCCCGCGCCUGCUCGGUUUCUGUAGGGCGCCCCACGUGGCCGAGGCGGAGAAGCGGGCGGGCAUGUGCGAAGCCGGGGAGGGAGGCUGCGGUGGGGGUCAGCCCGGGAGGGCGCCCCGGGGCAGCUGUCCUGUGAAAUGCAUGAAGUGCAAAGAGGGCUCCCCAGUGUUAAUCAUCCGUGUUGGGGAUGCCUUUUGCAAGGGCUGUUUCAAGGAUUAUUUUAUUCACAAGUUCCGGGCUAUGCUUGGCAGGAAUCGCUGCAUUUACCCUGGAGAGAAGGUUCUCCUUGCAUUUUCGGGUGGCCCUGCCUCUAGUUCAAUGGUGCGGCAAGUGCAAGAGGGCUUGAGCCGGGAAGCAGCCAAGAAACUCCGCUUCAAACCAGGAAUCAUCUACAUCGACGAGGGAGCUGUGUGCGGACAGAGCCUGGGCAAGCGGGAAGACAUCCGCCGCCAGGUGGAGACGAUCCUGCAAGCCACGGGGUUCCCCUAUCACAUGGUGUGCUUGGAAGAGGUGUUUGACCUGCCAAGUUCUGUCUUGCGCUCGAUUCCCCAUAGCACCACCGAGCAUGGCCACAGCUACAAGGAAGCCGUGGAUGGCUUCAUAAGGCGGCAGCAGCAGCAGCAGCGUGAGGAGAUGACGGGUGAUGCAGCAAGCUCCUUGAAGGACCAGUUGGCUGAGCUUAGCAUGCACAGGUCUUCAUGGAAGGAAGGAGUGCCGGUCCCAGGAACUCCUCCUGUUUCCCACACUGAAGAACUAACCAAGCUCUUUGGAGCUGUGAAAACCCUGACGGCGAAAGAGGAGCUCCUGCAGACCCUCAGGAACCACUUGAUCCUCCACGUGGCCCGGACAAGCGGAUACACCAAGGUGAUGAUGGGAGACAGCUGUACCCGUGUGGCUGUCAAGCUCUUGACCAACCUGUGCCUGGGACGGGGGGCCUUCCUGGCUGUAGAUACGGGCUUCUUGGACAGCCGCCAUGGAGACGUGCUCUUCUUGCGUCCGAUGCGGGAAUACCCUGCCAAAGAGAUUGCCUUCUACAACCGCCUCUUUGGAGUGCCCACCGUUUUCAUGCCUGCGCUGGACACCAAAGCCCCCGACAGAGCCAGCAUUCACCGCUUGAUUGAGGGCUUCCUUUGCAGGCUGCAGUGCGAAUUCCCCUCCACCAUCAGCACUGUCUACCGGACAGGUGAGAAGCUCUGUGUGACUCCCCGAGAGGCUGACCCCGGUGGCUGCACAGAAGCACUGCAGUGCCUCUUCUGCCUCUGCACCCUGGACACUAAAGUUGUGGAUGGCUCUUCCUUGCAGUCAACGGUGCUGUCAGAGCAGAUCUGCCAGAAGCCGCCUCCGCCGUCUGCCGGGAAUGGCUGCUGCAGAGGGGCCUGGAACCAGACAGGAUGCUGCAAUAACCCUCCGGUGCCCGGAGACUCUUCCCAUCAUGCCCAGCUUCUCCCGUUGCUCUGCUACAGCUGCCGCCUGACCAUCAAAGACAUGAGCUGCUUGGAGCCUCUCCCACCGUACAUCCACUCAGAGGCAGAACGCCGGCAAUGCAGGGCUGCCAUGAAGCAAGAAAUCCAGGAGUUCUUGCUUGAAGAAGAGGAGAGUGAUGGUGGUGAAGGCCUUCCCCUGAGCUGAGGACCCAAACCCCAUCUGGACAGUUCAACGUCUUGAGCUUUUGCUGACCUCUGGAGUAUCAAAACAAAGCACCCAAUGCAAGAAAACACCAGCACUGACAGCUCUUGAUGGAUUCCUUCCCUUGGCUCUACUGUGGCCUUUUUCUCCCCUUGCUGAGUUUUUUAAUGCAAAUAAAUUAUUUUGAAUCCAGCAGUGGCUGGAUUCCUGUGA